UCUUCGGCACAGCAUUGGCAUACCAAAAGUAAACGCACGUGUUUUUGGGCUGCGGUACAGCGUGCAGAGCUGUACCAAUUCGGCAUUGAAUUAGAAAUUUUCCGUUCCCGGAAUCCGUGCAAGUGCGCUUAAUUGGCAGCAAAAGCCGAAAGUGGCAAAGUAGCUGCAAAAACGUGCUAGUUCAGUGACAUUUUCAUCUCAUAAUGGGCAGACCAGGAUUCUCUCCAAGAGGUGGCGGUGGCCGUGGAGGAGGCGGUGACCGUGGCGGACGCGGCGGCUUCGGUGGCCGUGGACGCGGUGGCGGUGAUCGCGGUGGUCGUGGAGGUUUCGGUGGUGGUCGCGGCCGCGGCGGCGGUGGUCGUGGUGGACCGGGCGGACGGGGGCGCGGUGGCGGUCGUGGCGGACCGGGUGGCCGCGGGGGCGGCAAGAUGGGUGGCUUCAAGGGGGGCAAAUCCGUCGUCAUCGAGCCGCAUCGUCACGAGGGCAUCUUCAUCGCACGCGGCAAGGAAGACGCGCUGGUUACGCUGAACCUGGUGCCCGGCUCGGAGGUGUACGGCGAGAAGCGCAUUUCGGUUGAGAACGAAGGGGACAAGAAGGAGUACCGCGUGUGGAACCCGUUCCGAUCGAAGCUGGCGGCGGCCGUGCUCGGCGGCGUUGACAAGAUUCAUAUGCCGCCCGGCUCGAAGGUGCUGUACCUGGGUGCCGCCUCCGGCACGACCGUCUCGCACGUAUCGGACAUCGUCGGCCCGGAGGGGCUGGUGUACGCGGUCGAGUUCUCGCACCGGUCCGGGCGUGAUCUGCUCAAUGUGGCGAAGAAGCGCACCAACAUCAUCCCCAUCAUCGAGGACGCGCGGCAUCCGCACAAGUACCGCAUGCUGGUCGGCAUGGUCGAUACCGUGUUUGCCGAUGUGGCCCAGCCGGAUCAGGCCCGUAUCGUGGCGCUCAAUGCGCACAACUUCCUCAAGAACGGUGGCCACUUUGUCAUCUCCAUCAAGGCGUCCUGCAUCGACUCGACCGCCGUCCCCGAGGCGGUGUUCGCGGCGGAGGUGAAGAAGCUGCAGUCGGAGAAGCUAAAACCGCAGGAACAGAUCACGCUCGAGCCGUACGAGCGUGACCACGCGGUAGUGGUGGGCGUGUACCGACCACCGCCGAAGGCUGCGGCAUAAGAGCGGGCGGGCGGGCGGGACACGUCGGUGGAGAGGUCCGUUAGGUUAUUAAGGGGUCUUGUUAGUGUAUAAGAACCAAAAUUUGCUUCUAUAUUUCACCCAACCACCUAACAGCAGCGGCAGAGGGCUGUGUACGGUGGAUCAAACUUCAAACUAAGGAACACAAAACAAAUCUAUGUCUAUGUAUAAACAGUACAUAAAAGAAGAGACACGCAGGUCGAGAUGCAAACGAGUGCGAGUGGUUUAAUUUUAGCAUUUGUUUUUUCUCUGUGGGAUAUAACGACCCACUACGACAAAUUGAAAAUAAAUAGAACUACAUAUUUUACAAAACCAA